AUGGCGUAUUACAUAAUAUAUGUAGUACCUAUGGUUCUUCUGCUCAGCUUGCUCAGCAAAGGGCAACUCCCUGAAGAUGACUUUCGGAUAAUAAACAAAAAAGAUCUGCUGUCAUCGAAUAGUGACAUUUUCCGAGAUAACAGCAGUAGAGCGUUUUCACAAUUACUGUUCGAUGUAGCCAGAGAUCAGGUCAUCGUAGGCGCAAGAGAUUCUCUGUACCGACUGUCUCUUCGAAGUCUCCGAGUUUACGAGAGGUCUGAAUGGCCGGCACCAAUGGACAAGGCAAAACUAUGCCAAGUCAAAGGCCAGACAGAAGAAGACUGCCAUAACUAUAUCAAAGUUCUAUUAUCGCACGGACACAGGGUUUUUGCAUGCGGAACUAAUGCAUUUAGCCCAAUGUGCAGUUGGAGAGAGAUCGAGUCAAUAAACAAAGUGACGGAAUGGACGAGUGGUGUAACUCAUUGUCCCUACAACCCUCAGUCUAAUGUCACAGCUGUGUUGACUGUAAGCGGCGAAUAUUACGCAGGAACUCCAACUGACUUCAGCAGCUCUGAUACUACCAUAUGCAGGAGUAAAGGUGCAGCACCGCGGAUGGUAGAGACUCUUCGGACGCCCCAAUAUGACUUGAACUGGUUGAACGAGCCACAAUUCGUUGGUAGCUUUGAGGAUGAUCAUUUCGUGUAUUUCGUCUUCAGGGAAAUUGCUGUUGAGUUCAUGAAUUGCGGCAAGAUUAUUUAUUCGCGUAUCGCUCGAGUCUGUAAGAAUGAUCCUGGCGGCCACCUCAUGAUGAAGGAUAAAUGGAGCACUUACUUGAAGGCUCGUCUCAACUGCCUUAUUCCUGGCGAUGUGCCGUUCCAUUACGAUGAGGUGCAAAGCGUCGAGUACUUGCCUCAGGAGAAGAUUCUGGUUGCAGCAUUCACCACACCAAGUAACAGUAUCGCUGGUAGUGCCGUGUGCAUAUAUAAUAUGUCGGAUGUACACGCAGCGUUCGAUGGGCCUUAUAAAGUGAAGGAUACUCCUACUUCCACGUGGGAGCCGCGCUCUCCGACAGUGCAGGCUAGGGAUCACUUCCGAUGCAUGCCUGACCUAAGUCCACAUCAGGCUAUAGAGUUUCAACGGUACAAACUGAUGAACGAGCCCAUUCAGCCUAUACUUGGUGAACCGGUCUACAAAAUGACAUCAGAGCGUUUCACCCACGUCACCGUUGAUGUCACUACUGCAAAGGCUGUCAGUAAACAGUUCGUAGUGUUCGUGGCGACUCAAGCUGGUGCAGUCAUCAAGUUGGCUAUACUUCCUCAAUUCGUUGGGGCCUGUUUGGUGGAGGUGUGGAAACUGAAGGAUAAAGAAGGAGGCUUCAAUGUGCAGAGCAUGCAAUUUGUGAAAGAAACAAUGUCAGUUUACAUUGGCAGCGAUGAAGGUGUACUCCGAAUUGGUGGAGAACGUUGUUCGAGAUAUAAGAGUCGUUCAGGGUGCGUAGGCGCAACUGAUCCACAUUGCGGUUGGGAUAACGGACGGGAACUGUGUGUAGGAGCAAAAGACCACUUGCACGAGGCUGAUUUCAUACAGUCUACUAAUAACUGCCCAUCUGUGGAUAUACCUGUUGAUGGUGGCUGGUCGUAUUGGUCUGAAUGGGCUCCAUGUAUGCAAGAUGGAACAUCACAUACUAUCUAUGGGGAUGAGAAGCCGGAUAUGUGCAUGUGUCGCUCCAGACGUUGUGACAAUCCACGACCUGCCAAUGGGGGACAACAGUGCCAAGGUCCCCACAUAGCUGUGACGAAUUGCACAGUACACGGUGGUUGGUCGCCGUGGUCCGGAUGGUCGGAGUGUUCAGCGAGUUGUGGCAUUGCUGUAAAAUCUAGGAGACGUUCGUGUAGUGCCCCCGAACCCAAGUUUGGAGGACGGGUCUGUGUAGGACUGGAUUCACAAGACGUUUAUUGUACAAAUUUACCACCUUGCCCAGAUCCUGCUCUAGCUCCAGUGGAUGGUGGUUGGUCUGCCUGGGGUCCAUGGUCUUCAUGCACAAGUGCCGGAGGAAACGAUUGUGGAAAAGCAGCAGGCUGGAGGGAACGUCGUAGGAAUUGCUCGGACCCAUCGCCCAAACACGGAGGUGCUGACUGCGAGGGGAACAAGACAGAAAGACAAAUCUGCGACUUGAGACCUUGUGAGCUUAGGAAGGCGACAGCCUGGACUCCUUGGGUGCAUAUACCUGAUAACUCAUCUGAUGGCAGCUACAUGGAAAAGAGGUUUAAAUUUCUUUGCAAAGCUCAAUCUCCGGAACAGAUAAGAUUGUCACUGGCUCGCGAAGAGGAGCGGUACUGCAAUAAAGCGGGUCGUUGCAGCAGUUCUCCGCUGGAGGAAGAGGCGGGUUGGGAGGCGUGGGGCGGGUGGGGCGCAUGCUCGGCUGCGUGCGGGGGCGGGCAGCAGGAGCGCGCGCGCCGCUGCCGGCGACCGCCCUGCGCUGGCCCUACGCAGGGGCUGCGAGCGUGCAACACGCACGCCUGUGAGGGUGAAUGGUCGUGUUGGAGUGAAUGGGGCGAAUGCACGGGCGGUUGCGGUGAAGGAGGCCCUACUGGACACAGAACGCGCACAAGGAAGUGUCUCUCACCAGAGGGAUGCGAUGCGGGCGCCGCUAUGGAGAGGAGAGUUUGCGUUAAUAGUUGCACUGAGUCGGACGCAGGGUGGGGCGAGUGGGGCCCGUGGUCCGAAUGCGAGAACGGCGAACGUGUUCGUCGGAGGGGAUGUCAGUUCGGUGCCUGCGUCGGUCCACAGCUUCAAGUUUCACUUUGUGUUUCUGACGAUACUGAAAUCGACAAUGAACUAUACGCAAUGCCAGCCUACAGUCAAAAUAUAGAGAUGGCCUCAUUUGUCACAAUGUCAAACAAUGAAUCUUUAAGCGUGGGAGCUAUAGUCGGAUGCGUGGUGGCAGCUUUUGUUGUGGGCUGCCUCACUUGCUUGGCAUGCGUCAUAUUAGUGCAACGUCGCGGUUCAAGGCUUCCAUGGAACAAGAAAACUCGCGUACCUUCCAGUCCUCACUAUAUAACUGCAAAACAAAAUAGUUACGUCACAGUGCCUCUUAAGGAGGUGCCUCGGAAAGCGAAACGACAGCCUUCGUUCACCGGCAUUGGAGGUAGCAGCGGAAUUAUAUUGUCAAAAAGCAAUAACAUAACUAAUGCCAACAACCAAAACACAGCAAUGACUACUCCCAAACUGUACCCUAAAGCCAUAGCAAAUGAAUAUGACUCUAUGGGUACAUUGAGGAGGCAUUCAAACCAACCCAAUCAUAAAAAUAACUUGGACUUAGAAGAAGACAAAUUUUAUUAA